AGUUCUCCUACAUGUUGCUGACGGGGAGAAGCCCGCAAUGGGCUACAUAUACGAGGGCAUGGAUAGGGCCAAGGAGGGCAUCAAAUCUGCCUAUGAAGGGGAUGAGAGUAAGUAUCGUCCCAUUUGGGAUAUCAUUGACAGGAGAUGGCAGACCCAGCUUCACAGGCCCCUUCAAGCGGCUGCUUAUUACCUCAAUCCGGCAUUCCAUUUCCGCCUUGAUUUCAAGGCGGAUGAGGAGGUUCUUAGUGGGCUCUACUCAGUGAUAGAGCGAAUGUCGCCUGGUCAUAGCAGCAGUAUAGUCCAGGAGCUAGAGGCUUUUUCUAAUGCUGAAGGGGAGGUCUUCUCUCGUCUGCUUUGCAAAGAAAAUCGGACAAAAAUGCAGCUAGAUAGGUGGUGGCAGAUGUUUGGUCCUAAAACACCAAAUCUUCAAUAGGUAGCCAUUUGUAUUUUGAGCCAACCAUGCAGUGCUUCCGGUUGUGAGCGCAAUUGGAGUAUGUUUG